AUGGCCGCCUCCACCAUGUCUGUCUGCUCUGACGCUCGCACCAACUCCUCCUGGCAGGUGGAUGACUGCCCAGAGAGCUGCUGUGAGCCCUGCUGCUGUGCCCCCAGCUGCUGCCAGCCCAGCUGCUGUGCCCCCAGCUGCUGCCAGCCAAGCUGCUGCCAGCCAAGCUGCUGUGUCCCCAGCUGCUGUGCCCCAGCCCCCUGCCUGACCCUCAUCUGCACCCCUGUGAGCUGUGUGUCCAGCUCCUGCUGCCAAUCUUCCUGCUGCACACCCUCAUGCUGCCAGCAGUCUAGCUGCCAGCCAGCUUGCUGCACCUGCUCCACCUGCCAGCCAUCCUGCUGUGUACCUGUCUGCUGCACACCUGUGUGCUGCAAGCCAGUGUGCUGUGUCUCCAUCUGCUCUGGCUGCCAGCCAGCUUGCUGCACCUCCUCCCCCUGCCAGUCCUCCUGCUGUGUGCCUGUCUGUUGCAAGCCUAGCUGCUGUGAGCCCUGCUGCUGUGCCCCCAGCUGCUGCCAGUCCAGCUGCUGUGUUCCCAGCUGCUGUGCCCCNNNNUGCUGCAAGCCCUGCUCCAGCCUGUCCCUGCUGUGUCGCCCAGUGUGCAGACCUGCCUGCUGUGUGCCCACCUCCUCCUGCUGUGCCUCCUCCUGCCAGCCCAGCUGCUGUGGCCCAACCUCCUCUGUGUCCCUGCUGUGCCGCCCUGCCUGCUCCAGACAGGCCUGCUGUGGACAGAAGUCCAGCUGCUGA